AUGUCGACAGCGGACGACAAAUCAUCCGUCAAUGGCGUACAUGUUGUCCCUGUGACCAAGUCCGAGGCGCCAGGUCCUGAUAUGGGUUCAAUCCCAGAGACAGAAGAUGCGGACGCUUUUCUCGCUUCUCAUGGUGUCGGCACAUACACCCAUGAAUCCAACAGGAAACUCUUGAGGCGGAUCGAUAUGUACCUCUUACCACUGAUGUGCGUAUCAUAUUGUAUACAAUAUAUCGAUAAAUCUGCACUAGCAUAUGCUGCUGUUUUCGAUCUCAAAAAGGAUCUGCAUCUGGUCGGACAAGAGUAUAGCUUAUUGAGCUCUUUGUUUUAUAUCGGCUACCUCUUUGCGGAAUAUCCCCAAGCAUGGAUCAGUCAGCUCACCAUGUUCAUCUGGGGUGGCAUACUCAUGUGCACUGCUGCCACCCACAAAUUCGCCGAUAUCGCUGCCGUGCGAUUCUUCCAGGGCGUGUUCGAAUCAGCUUUGACUCCGGCUUAUAUCAUUGUCACUGGCAUGUGGUGGACAAGAAGGGAGCAGCCGUUCAGGAUUGCGCUUUGGUGGUCUAUGAACGGCCUCGGAAAUUCCAUAGGUGCUCUGAUCUCCUAUGGAAUGGGCUUAAUCCAUGGCAGUCUCGAUUCCUGGAGGUACAUCUUCUUGAUUGAAGGUAUCAUGACCAUCAUUUGGAGUGGAGUUAUCUUUUACGUGUUUCCAUCGUCUCCCAUGAGGGUGAGAUGGUUGACAGAUGAACAGAAAGUCCAAGCUGUAGAGAGAAUCCGUAGCAAUCGAACCGGAAUUAUUAACAGAGAAUGGAAGUGGUAUCAAGUGAAGGAGGCUUUUGACCCCCGAGUGGAUCCUAGUGGACUAAUCAUCUUCUGGGCAUGUACCCUCAAUGAAGUUAUCAACGGGGGUGUUGCCACCUACAAAGGUCUUGUUAUCAAAUCUAUCGGAUGGACAGACCUUCAAUCUGCGUUGUUUGGUAUAGCUUAUGGGGCCGCUGUCACCAUCGAGAUCGCCUCUUGUGGUUACUGCGCGAUGCGGUUCAAGAACGCUAGACACUGGUGUAUGAUCGCUUGGUUACUCCCCUCAGCGAUUGGCAUGAUCUUACAAAUUACUCUGCCCGCUUCUAAUAAGGCUGGAAAAACGAUUGGUGUGUUAUUAAUGCCCUCUUUCGUUGGUACUGUAGCUCUGUGCAUGGGGAUUCCGAGUCAAAAUACAGCUGGAUAUACCAAGCGGAGUGUGGUUGUAGGCAUGGCUUUCAUAGGAUACUGUGUGGGCAACAUCAUCGGCCCUCUCGCUUGGGUCUCCGGACAAACGCCAGCGUAUAUUUCUGGCUAUAUUACAUGCUUAGCUUGCAUGGCUGGUCAAGUCAUACUCUUUCUUGGACUUAGGAUGUAUUAUGCAAGACAGAACAGGAUCAGAGACGAGAUGGUCAUAAACGGUCAAGCUCCAGAUCCAUCGUUACCGGACAACGACGAUUUCGCCGAUUUAACUGAUAAACAAGACUUGAAAUUUCGAUACACUUUGUAG